ACAAGGGCCCUGGUCUGGUCAAGUGAGUAUCAGUAACAGCAAACAAGUGAUGAUGAAACGGGAAGAUUAACAAUGUAUUACAGGAGCUUCCGUUUCGCCAAGCGCUUCUUUUUCUUCUCCGACGAUGCCGUCGAGGCCAAGAACUUGACUGCUUUCCUCGCCUCCGAGAAGGGCUCUGCGGCUGCUCAGCGCACUGCUGCCUGGGCCACCCAGACCGGCAAGGGCUUGCUCUUCUACACCAAGCGUGCUGAGGACAAGGCUACCCCUGCCGGUAUCUUCAACCUGUCUGAGGUCAGCGACGUUAAUAAGGACGGCUCUAGCGAGUUCUCUUUCAAGCUCUAUACCCACAAGCACACUUUCCAGGCCGCCAGCGCUGCCGAGCGCGACAGCUGGGUUGCCGCUUUGACCGCCAAGACCGCCGAGGCUACGGCUGAGAAGGAGACCAUCACCGGUGGCGAGGGCUACAAGGCUGAGCUCGAGAAGAUCACCAAGCCUGCCGUUGUCGCCGCAGCCGUCAAGGCUGCCCCUGCUCCCGAGAAGGACGCCAAGGAGGGUGAGGCUGCCGAGGACAAGAAGGAGGAGAAGAAGGAAGAAAAGAAGGAGGACAAGAAGAGCCGUUCUCAGUCUCGCAAGCGCGCUUCCAUCUUCGGCAGCAUCCUUGGAAAGAAGGAGAAGGAGGAGGUCAAGGAGGAGGCCCCUGCUACUGAGGCUGCUCCUGAGGCCGCUGCCGCUACUGAGGAGCCAACCGUCGAAGCUGCCCCCGCCGUAGAGGCCACUGAGACUCCUGCUGUUGCCGCUGCUGAGCCCUCUGCUGAGACUACCGAGACUACUGCCGAGGACAAGAAGGAGGAGCCCAAGUCCGCUACUAAGUCUAAGCGUGGUUCCAUCUUCGGAAACUUCUUCAACAAGGUCACCAGCCCUGGAAAGGAGAAGACUGAGGAGGAGGUUGCCCCUGUUGCCAGCACUGCUCCUCAACUCGACAGCCCUGUCGACGAGUCUGCCGCCAAGCCCAUUGAGCCUGAGGCUGUGACUGAUGCCCCUGCUGCCGAGGCCGCUACUGAGACCCCCGCCGAGGACAAGAAGGAGGAGAAGGAGGAAGCUGCCGCUGAGACCAAGUCUAAGCGCACCUCCAUCUUCGGCACACUUGGUAAGAAGGUCAAGUCUGAGGUCACCUCUGAAGAGAAGAAGGCCGCCAACAAACUUGGAGGUCUUUUCCGCAAGCCCAGCAAGGCUGUGAAGUCUGAGGAGAAGAAGGACAAGGAGGCUGCUCCUGCGGAGGCCAUCCCCGAGGGUGAGGCCAAGGCUGCCCCUGAGGAGACCACUGAAGCUACUCCUGCUGCCACUGAGGCUGCUGAGACCGCCGCCAAGACCGAGGAGCCUGCUGUCGCUGCCGAGCCCGUCAAUGUUGCCCCAACUGCUGCCCCCGUUCAAGCUGCUGCUUGAAGGGCCAAUGCCAGAACGAGCGUAGUGGAGUUUGAAAAGUGGUGGGAUGGGGAGUUUGCCUCUCGUUCUGGCAUAGCCGCGUAGCUGCCGAGCUGCCAAAACGUGAAACUGCCUGUACCUGAUUGUGAGACGAGAUGAUACCCACUUAUUCUUUCUCUAUUCUCUUUGUCUCUUUGUCUGUUUCAUUUGUGUGUUUGCGUGUGCUUGUUGUUACAAGCGCAACGAUACCCGAACUCGAGUGAUCGUGUUCCGUUGUGAACUAGAUUGAUACCAACGUAUAUUAAUAGUAAUAGACUGUUUAGCUAUCACUCGCCAGACGUAUCAUAUACUCUUUUUUAUUUACGCAUUG